GGGUCCCCACGCGGAGUCACCCCGGGUGCGUCGGUGUGUUUCCGAGUAACCGUGUCCUGCCAGACUUCUGGCAGAGCAGUACCCGUCAGGAGCUCCAGCGCACGGCCAGCCCCCGCCCGAGGGUUUCUGUUCUGACCGUGGCAGGUUGCAGCGGUGAAUUUUGUCAUGAGGAAAAACAAAACAAAAACAUUUUGAAAGCACCUUUUUUCCUCACCUCAAAGCACAGACCCUCUCCCCUGCGCCAGCCGUCUGCACGUUCACCCUACCGCAAGACAAGGAAAAAGCCAAGUGGAAAACGCCCCUGACAUCUGUGGGCUUGUCAACUGAAGGUUGUCGUUACCCAGUUCCCUGCAGCCAGGCCGUGCUUGCAGGAAGAUGUAAAAAUAAAACAAGAGGAUUUGCAAACGUCCCCGGACACACGUGAGCUUGUUCGUUUCUGUCAUCCAUCAAUAGCCCCCCACCUUUCCAAAGGGGAAGCACGUUAGUGCUGAGCCUCGUGGAAGCAGUCUGUUCACGAAAUGCACACCAUGCCACGAGGCACAGUGACGAGUUAGGACGAGCUCAGAAACCAGGGCCUGAUAAAUUAAGCAGCAGCACAACCCAGGAAGAGGAGUUCUGCAUAGACCAAGUGCAGGUGCUUUUUCUUGCCACAGAACAGGUGCAGCUUUAUUUAUAAACACUCCUGUCCAUCUUCUUGUGGGAAAAGACAGGUCAAGCAAACAUUGAACUGGAACAGAGUGUGAGCUGCACAACUUCACUCACAUUGCAGUGAUUCAGUUGGUUUCCGGCAGACCCGAUAGCAGACCAAAGGCACCUGUGAGACUUCUUUCCUGACACGCUCAGCUUCUCCACAUCAUCACCUCUGGGUCAACAUUUUCCACACUGGCUCUUGCAGCACAGAGAUGUUUGCCUCAGACAAAGGCAUCUUUUCCACACCUGUCCAUGCCCAUUUUCAGACAUUACUUCCCCUGGACACAGGCCUGUAUAAAAGACAGCAACAAGAACUUGGUUGUGGUACGUGAGAUAUAGCGCUCGUUUAGUUUGUUGGCCACAUGUCAGUGUUUUGCCUCACCUCAUCCAGAUACCGCGCUCAGUAUGUCCAGGGCCAACUGGAGGCACAGGACGAGUCCAAAGAGACUGAGGCUGUAAGGCUGGUUCCCGUUUCUUCACGAGUUCCCCAUUACUCCCCUGCAGCGAGGUUGGGAUUUGAGCUGCCCACUCGUCAGCCCAGAGGCCAAGGGCGAUGGUUUGCAAGCCCCUUGCCAAACUGCCACAGCUCCUUCAUGUCUGCUCGCCCAGAUCGUUUUCUGAUGGUUUAACACAUCACACAGCAAGAAGGGGAUAACCCAUAAAACAAAUCCUCUGAAAGAGCUUGCGAUCUAGAUAGAAAUCCUCAGAGACAUGCAGGUGGCUGGACGGGACUAAAAAUAACUCUCACACCGCCAUAUAAAGACCGGAGGGACUGCAUGCAGACAUGCAGAUUUAGCAACCGAAAUUCAGAUAUGCUGAGCACUGGCAGUUGGGGAAAACCACCAAAAUCCACAGAAACACAUAGCAUGUCAUUCUGCAUUCUCUCUCCCUUAGGUUUUAAAAUAGUCGUGGAUGCCUCUACUUAUUUUUUCACCAGUGCCAUAUUUCGAUCUAUGCAGUUUGGCAGAAAGGCCAGAACCUGUUUCUUUUACAUGUGCUUUAUUCUGGCUGCCUGCAUCGCUUCUUGCAUAUUGCUAAAAAACCCUCCUAUCUUGUUACCGAAAAGGUGACCGAAACAAGUAACAGUUCAGGUGGACACCCCUACCACCCUGUGGUUAGCCAGGUGUGUGUUUAACCUUCUGCAGGCGGUGGGACACAGGGAACAUCUUGCUGCUGCUUCAGAAGGAAGCUCCACAUGAUACUAUUGGCAAUACUUCCCAGGAGAGGGAGAAGAUGAGAAUUUGGCUCUCCAAUGAUGGACUCUAGUGAGAGAACGAGCGUUACACCAAAGCCUGAUGCCCUGCUCGAAGCUGCGCUUGCACCCAUCGCGCCCCACCACCUCCAGGGGAAAUGCUGUGUGUCAGCGCUGCUGAUGCAACACAACAGCCCUUUGCGUCACGCAGCUGCCAGAUGAGAUGUUUGUGUUCAGAGCAGAGCUCAGGACACAGAUGCGGGGUUUUUGCACAGCUCCAGGGUUUAGGGACCCUGCCGGCAAGGUCUGAAGAACGGGAAGACAGCCUGAGAGGUGACAGGCUGGGGAACCGGGCUCCUGCUGGUGCUGCCUGCUGGCUGCCCGGGCAGCGCGGGCGGCACAGGCUGUGCGAAAGGCCUGUGUCCGGUCACAGAGCUGCUGCUCCGCUGCAUAAGGAGAAGCUGGAGACACAGAGAUUUACCGUGUGCUGCUGAAAGUUAAUUGAGAACAACAUACAUUGCAGAUAGCGGAAACUCAGGUAACACUAACACCACAACCCUGGCUAAGAAUGGGCCCGCCAGCAUCACGCUCCUGCCUUCUAUAUAAUUACAGCAAAGGAGAUUAUAUCCCCUGCUGGAGGUGCUUGGAGGCCCUGGCUACCAAGUGCCAUUCAAGACGCGGUUUCCCUUAAAAGGCAGCGUUUUCUGUGCCAGACACGCGUUUAUGCUGCAGAGACAGCUCUGGUCAUGGCAGGUUACCUUGCACUGUUUAUUUUUCAGAGUGACACAGGUGAUCCCACAUAAAAGCCAGAUCCUCUCCAGAACUCACAGCUUGAGGAAGAGUCUGCUCGACCUUGGGGAAUUUGCCUGGGACCUGGCUCAGAGCCUUCAUCCUGCCACAAAUCCCAUGGAGUCCCUCUUCCAUUAACAAGGGAAGAAACUCCUUGAUGCAGUGGGAGAGCUGGCAGGGGAGCUCAGCUCUGCGCAGACCUGCUGGCUCUUUACCUCCUUUGCCCCUCCCCUCCUCCCUCGUCUUGUCUGCUUCUGCUGCGAGCUCUUUGGGGCAGAUCGAGCGCUUAAUAUACGUUUGCAUAGAAUCUGGUGCAAACAGGAUUCUGAUCUUGAAGCCUGAAGUGUUUUUAUAUGGGUCAAACUACUCCCCAGGUGACAUUUAAGUCUGAUUUCUCAAAGCCAGGAGCCAGAGCUGUGGCCCCUCAGCAGGCUGCACGCUUUGCAGCCUGCGCUCCUCACCGCGGGGCAGGAUGGAGCCCUGGCCCUGGGGCUGAGUUGCUCUCAAGGCACCAGGGUGGUUUUGCACUCAGCAGCUUCACUGCUUUUGGUGAUGAACAGAAUGAAAAUGUACAGUAAUAGUGCAACCCCCCGCCCCCAACAUCUUUGAAAACCAGAGGUCUUUGUGCAUUAAACGUACCUGGUUUCAGUCCCCAGCCACAUUUUCCGCCGUGGGCUGUUUAUUUUAGGAAACGAACAGCUGUAUCAUUUGCACACACCCUUAUAGGCACACGCAGGUUCUCCACUCGCGUUCUUCAAAAGAAGGGAAGGCAAGAUGAAGAGCUCUUUGUUGCUGUGCGUGGCCUUGGCUGUCUCCUCGGGGUUCGUCUUCGUGGCAGGUUACCCACGGGACCCCGCGGACCAGGAGUACGUGCUGGUCAACAACAAGUGCCAAUGUGUGACCGUGACUUCAAAGUUUGUCCCUUCCAAAGAAAAUCCUGAUGAAGAAAUCCUGGAGAGAAACAUACGCAUCGUAGUGCCCCUGAAAGCCCGAGAGAACAUCUCUGACCCCAUGUCCCCACUCAGAACGACUUUCGUGUACCGCAUGACUGAACUCUGCAAAAAAUGUGAUCCUGUAGACGUUGAACUGAAUGGUGAGAUAUACCAGGCCCAGCAGAGCAACUGCAACGAACCCGAAACCUGCUACACCUACGACAGGGACAAGUGCUACACCUCGACCUUCCCGCUGCUCUACCACGGGGAGACAACCAACGUUCAGGCGGUCCUGACGCCAGCGUCCUGCUACGCCGAUUAGCUCCAUGCUCUGCCGUUCUCGUGCCUUGUUGCGCUCAGCGUUCCUGCCAAAAAUACACAUAUAGCACCAUAGCACCUGGACAACAGUGGCCAAAGUAUCAGCUCCCAGAGUCACGUCAACCUGCCUCUCUCCGUAUCGUUUUUAAUAUCAACCUAAAGCAAACCUGGGCACAACCUGUACACAAGACCCUUUGAUUACCUUAGCAGAAUUAGUGCCAUUAUUAGAAGGCGGUUGUACAACCGUAACUGAGAUUAAAGAUGAGGGAUGAAACCAAAUUCAGAUUUCAAAGUUAUUCUGAAAUUGGGCAUUCUAAACCCUCGACAACUGCAGCCUUACCUUCUCAGGUACAUUUAGGGAAGAUCAAAAGAUGCCGCUACCCUGAAGCAUUUUGCUAAGUUGCCAGGACUUGCACCAGGAAUAGUAAAAUCUUCUGGGAAAUAGUUAUUUCACUUUCCACAGUUAAUUACUGAUAUCGAUGGCUUUGUCUGGCCCCGCUCCCAGUUCAAUUGAUGGGAAAAAGCAAGUUGGCGUGUAUUUCUUUUGUUGUUCCUCACUUGGCACUAGAGCGGCAAGGAAUCCUCUGGGGCCGAUGCAGCGGCUGGAGCAGGACCCUCGCUGGACACUCAUUCCUCCUGCACGCCAGCGCUCUUUUCCUUCACACCAGAAGCCCUCACCAAGCUAAGGAGCCGAUGCUGUAUCACACAUGACAUUCAAAGGCGGCCGGUGUAACUUUUGGGUGGCUGGUAUGUUUGUCGCUGUUGUCAGAAGUUGAUUGUAAAGCCUUAGGCUAUUCUGAAAAGUCCUCAUCUGCCUUCAUAUAUUUUUGCAAUAAUGAAACAGUAAAAACUUUACUCCCACAAUUGUAGCUCUACUAGCAAAACAUUAAAUAAAUUCUUUCUGCAGCAA